CAGAGAUUGGAGUGAUGCCGUCCAUUGGCCCAUGUAGAACUUGGUUGGUCCCAGAGUCCAACCCAUAUGUCCUCGAGCAACCGAGGCGUAACCCCAUUGCGGUAGAGUGCCUCCAGGAUGUUCUUGACUGUGCUGCAGAUGGAGAGCUAUAAUUAUGUGUCGGUUCCUCUGGGCUGGGCUUGGAACUUUGGCGAGGUGAAGCCCCCGGGCAAGAAAGAGGCAUCUCAUGAACGAAGGGACAGGUGUACUGAUCAACCGCAUCCUCUCCUGAUACGCACUGAAUACGAAGCUCGUACUUUUGCUGCAUUGAACGAGGCUGUGCCCCUGGCAAGGAACCAAACACGUCGGGAGCUUGACUUACUGGUUCUCAGGCCUUGAUACCACAGGAGGCGGGGGCUGUUGGACCUGCAUGUCGUAAGGCAUCACUGUUUUGUGUUGGCAUAUAUCUUCCCUCGAGAUACUGGACCAGAACUGCUCUGGCCAUUUCCGAAGUCUCAUUGAGACCUCUCCCAGCUUUCCUUGUGUAAGAGCAUGGACGAAAGGUCAUCGGCUACCCCUACAUCAUACCAUCAGUCCACAAUCCAAGAGCACGCACAAGAGUCACCAUCGGAUACACACCUCGAAGAACAACUGUCGAUCGGCUUUGACCCAGAAGAUUCUCGCGCAAGGAGCCCAGCAUCCCCUCACGAGCCCACUCCGUACGGCUUCACCAGAGAAGACGAGGAGAUAGAUUCGGCGUCCAGUGCCUGGGUCGAAACCCAGUCAUCAAGUAGUAGCCCCAAGGAGACCGACGAUCAGCCAUCCCGAGAAAAAGACAAAGGGAAAGAGCGAGAGAUGAGUUACCCGGGAGACUAUUAUCAUUCAACAACGACCUCCUCACCCCAGGACCGCCGGCCUGAGAUAUCGAGAACAAGCCCCAGCAGUUCUGCAAGCACACCCCGGCAAGGCUCCGAGGAGGCAAAGAGCGACGACAAAAAAGACGAUCGAACAGGAGGUGGCAGCGGCAGUGGCAGCAGUGGCGGUGGCGGUAGCGGCAGCGCAAGUGCGAGUGGCAGUAGUCGCUCGAGACUGGUGGCAGGAGUCUUUGUGAGAUAUUGACAGGCAUAUAUCGACACGGCGCACGGUCGAAUGCGAGUCCAAGGCAUGUUGGGAAUGCUUCUUCUCGCCUCAGCACUCUCUCCUUCACCAGCAUUGGGUUAGACACUCAGACACUACUCCUGUAUUACUACGUCGACUCAUUCUAAUGACAUGUCCAAGUUAGAAGACUUCUGGUCUUGGGAUCGAGAGCGCGCAGGGCGUCUCUUUUCUAUCUCUUUGUCUUGUCAUCAUUGACAGAUUGUAUAGCACUAUCAUACAGAUGGUCCGAACCCCUCUAGCUUGCUGUAU